GCAGUUGUCACUGAAGAACACAGAGGGCGAGGAUUGGUCUACGAGUUCCUCAACUACACCAACGCUGUAUUUAGCUCCUGUGCGCCUCCUCAAACACUCCUCUGUCAUCCGCUCACCGCUGAUCAUCGCUGCUCACCAGCAUCUCAGGAACCAGCGCAGCUACCAUGGAGAACGUGGCGAUAUUUGACUCACCUGGGAAGGGGAGGGGUCUGAAGGCCACCAAAGAGUUCUGGGCAGGAGACGUGAUAUUCUCUGAGCCCAGUCUUGCAGCUGUCGUGUUUGACAGUCUAGCAGAGCGUAUCUGCCACAGCUGUUUCCGCAGUCAGCCGAAGCUACAGAGGUGCGGCCAGUGCAAGUUUGCUCAUUACUGUGACCGAACUUGCCAGCGUGCCGGCUGGGCCGAACACAAGCAGGAAUGCAGUGCCAUCAAAGCCUUUGGCAAAGCACCGAAUGAGAGCAUCCGUUUGGUGGCCCGCAUCUUGUGGCGCCUCGACAAGGACGGGAGCGUCGUGUCUGACAUGCAGCUGACCACGCUGGACGAGCUGGAGGACCACAUCCAGGACAUGGAAGAGGAUGAUCUGAAGGACUUCAAAGUGGACAUCCACAAUUUUGUGGACUACUGGCCCCGGUCCAGCAAGCAGCACAGGAUUGAAGAAGUCUCCCAUAUUUUUGGUGUGGUGAACUGUAACGGUUUCACUGUGAGCGACCAGAGGGGCCUUCAGGCAGUCGGAGUCGGGCUUUUCCCAAAUUUGUGUCUCGUGAAUCACAACUGUUGGCCAAACUGCACUGUGAUCCUCAACCACGGCAAUCAAUCGGCUGUGAAUACUUUGUUUCAUUCUCAACGGAGGAUCGAGCUGCGUUCUCUCGGUAAGAUCGAGGAGGGAGAGGAGCUGAUGGUCUCGUAUGUGGACUACUUGAACCUGUCAGAGGAGAGACAGAGACAGCUGAAGACACAAUACUUCUUUGACUGCACGUGUGAGCACUGCAGGGACAAAAUCAAGGAUGACCUGAAGUUGGCGGGAAGGGAAGUGGAUGGAGUCAAGCCUUCCCCGGAGCAGGUGAAAGAGGCCACAGAUUAUUGUUUUGAAAUGCUGGAGAAGAUGGAAAAGGCUCGAUUAAGAGGCGACUACCAUGAGGUUGUGAGGAUCUGCAGGGACAGCAUCACCAAAACAGAGCCGGUUCUUGCCGACACUCACAUCUACCUGCUGAGGUUGUGGAGCACAUUAAGUGAGGUGCAAGCCUACCUGCAGUACUUUGAAGAUGCGGCGGAGUACGCCCGCAAAAUGGUGGAUGGUUACAUGAAACUGUACCACCCCAACAACGCUGCCCUCGGUAUGGCUGCCAUGCGAGCAGGAGUGAAUCACUGGCAGGCCGGGCUGAUUGAGGUCGGCCACGCCAUGGUGUGCAAGGCUUACGCCAUUCUCAUGGUCACCCACGGGCCAACGCACCCAAUCACCAAGGACCUAGAGGCGAUGCGCAUGCAGACAGAGAUGGAGCUGAGGAUGUUCAAGCAGAACGAGUAUGUUUACCACAGUAUGAGAGACGCUGCUCUGAAGAACAAGCCAAUGACCAUGAUGCAUGAACCCAAGGGUGUGGAGGAGGGCAUCAAGAACCUCUUCCACCGGAAGAAGUAGCCGCAGUCAUUGGACGAUCAAGAAGACCCUCCUAUUGUUUACCAUUACCAGUGUUCUGAGUGUCAGUGUGCGAGUCCACUCAUUUAGUCACGUGGUCAUUUUCUUUUGUAGUUCCACUUUUCAUUAAAAACGUGUCACAACUUG